AUGGCUCCAGUCAAGUACUUUUACAAAGGUCAAGAAACCGAUCUAGUUGUUUUCGCCGAAUCCCAGGAAGCCGUCGACAACUAUUUGAAGGACCCUACGAUUGGCAAGUUGACCGAAGCCGUCGGUGUUUUCAAGGUAUUCACCAACCCCCAAGGUGAAGGUGCCGAAGGUGAACUUGGUGAGGCGUCCAAGGCCCAGGUCGAAAACGAGUUUGGCAAGAAAAUCAAGAUUGAGGAAGCCAUCGCCAAGAUUUUGCAGAACGGAUCUCCAAACGCCAAGAGUAACAACCUAAAGUCUGGCGCCGAACAGUAA